GGGACAAGUGUUGAUGUGACGCUGUUUGUUUUCAGCAGUUUUACGCGACGAGAAACAUUUACUCGAGUUGUAUUUGCAUUGAGAAAAGUUUCGGGAAAGCACAUUUUUCAAACUUCCAUUUCACAUCGACACAAUGUUGUAGUCAUGAAGUCAGCUCUGUUAUAUCCUUAUUACGACAGUUACGUCGGAAGGGGCUAUUGCCGGAUAUUGAGCCCACGUCACGCCGCUGUCACAGCGGCAAUAUACACAUUAAACAUUUCCAUUCUUGUGGUAUUAUUAUACAGUUGGAGGAUAAGUGUAAAUAUUAAGAAGUAUUCAAGUUUGGAAGACGUAUAUUAUGGUGUCCAAAUCGCUUACUUAGCCAUCAUAGGGACGCAGCUGUUUAUGAUUUUUUUAAGUAUAGUCCUCCUCAUCGGUAUAUACAAGGAGAAUAUAUCUUUCGUGAUACCUUGGAUAAUUGGUUUUAUAACUUUCAUGGCACUGGAAGCUGUCGCCAUGGUCUACUCCAAUGUGCUUAGAGAUCACGUAAACAGACAAUUUGACGCCUUGUGCAAAGCUGAAGUGGCAUUUUUUAUCUCGAGGACACUAAUUAAUGUUGCGGCCAUUGGAGGCGUGAUGCGAUUUUGCAAUUUGCUCCGUGCCGGAAUCACCUGGAAGGGCCCGGAAGUGAUCGAGCUAUGAUGCAGGAAUUCGUACACCGACGAAGACGGUCUUGGCUACGGUUACGAUUCCGACAGCGACUGCUCGCUUUUGGUCGGAGUGUCAUCUUCGUCGUCCAAAUCACUGGGAAGCGACGGUUCAGAAUUUGUCUGACAUAUCCGGUGCGCUAGGGGUUAAUGGAAUAUGCGUGAAUCGAGCCGAAUUUCACAUGAAGAAAUUGAGAUUAAUGAAAUUUAGUUACGAUUUGCGAAUUUCCGCUUCGAAUAGUUGAAUAUUAAAUACCAAAGGACUUUCAAGUUAGCGUAAGCAUAGGAUCAUUUUUUAUUGUGCCAACUAUGUUAGAGUUUUGUUAUGGGGGCUGUUGCAGGGUGCUUAUUAUUGUUGCUGAAGCACUCGUGUUAUAUUUAUGAAAAAAUUUUUGACUUGACACUUUUUCAAGUAGAUUUUGCGUUUCUUAAUGGGGUUUGAAUGAACUGAAAAGUGUUGGGCAAUAUUUUCUACUCCACAACAGGGUGAAAUUAAUAAUUGAAAAAUAAGAAAAACACUGUUUACUUUGAGUUCAUUACAACAUAAGAGUUUUUUAGUAAUAAAACAGAAAAAUUUAUCUUUUUAUAUAUUUUUUAUGAUAAAUAGCAAUGGUUGCAAAUAUUUAGUAAKUUAUUUAUUUGUGUACUUAAUAAUGAAAACCAGUGAUCUUAAUAAGUAGACAUCAAUAAAGUAAAGUGCAACUUAGUCACAUUUUUUUCAAACUUUUUUGAAUUCUCCAAUAAAAAAACAUCUCGUAACAUUUACCUAGUAUACUUGUCUGUCGACUUCAUAGGUUUUAUCUAUUAUUUAUCAUUUUCUUUGUUUUUAUUAUCAAACAAUUUUACAAUUAUUUCACUUGGUUUUGAUUUUGAUCUCAUGAUUAAUGUUAUCUAACUUAAAAGUGUAAUGCUUUUGGGAGUUAGUUGAUUGCAAAUCUGAUGGCUGCAAUUUACAUCAUGUUUAUGUACUUUAAGCAUUAAGAUGGUUUACUGCUCUACUAGUCUCUACAAACUAGUGACACUUUUACUUUGUUGUAGUUUGGUUACAUAACUUGUAACUUGUAACAAUUACGAAUAAUUGAAUUGAAAUGAAAUUUUUGUGUAAUUACGGAAACUUAAUUUAUUUACUCUUUAUGAAACGGCAGUAUUGACUUUUGUGGUAAUUUUAAUUUUGUGGUAAUUUUUAAGCCGACAAUAACGCUAACGUAGAACUGGCAACAAUGGUUUAGAUGGUUAACACCAAUUUCUUUUGAUUUGUGCAAACAUGAAAAAUUUAUAUUUUUAUGUGAAGACAUUGUGCAAGAUUAAAUAUGAUAAUACCAUGAUUUAAGGUGAAUUUGUAACAGUUUUGUGUAAAUUUAAAAUA